ACGAUAUAUUUACAGAAACCCCCCAAAUGGGAAUUUGCAGCUCGAAACACAUAAACUUCGGUAAACAUAAUAAUGACAAGGCAAUAGAGAAAUCUAAAAAGAAGAAAAACCAAAGUAUGGAACGAAAGAAAUCACCAUUUUUCGGGUUUUAUGCUCAAAGCCCGACACACUAUUUGUUUUCUAGAAAGUCGUCUCCCGGGGCAACACCAGCACGGUUAUUUAAAAAGGCGUUUGCGCCAUUGUCUCCAGCUCAGCAUAUGAAGGCGGUUUUGGCACGUCGACAUGGGGUUAAGGGUAAUGGGGAGGAGAAGUUGAAUAAACAUUUUGGGUUUUCUAAACAUAUUGGGCAUAAGUAUGAUAUUAGGGAGGAGGUUGGCAAAGGGCAUUUUGGGCAUACUUAUAGAGCUAGGUGCAAAAAAGGGGAACUUAAAGGUCAAAUAGUUGCUGUCAAGAUUAUUUCUAAGUCUAAGAUGACAACAGCCAUUGCUAUUGAGGAUGUUCAUCGGGAGGUAAAGAUACUGAGAAAUUUAACAGGACAUGACCAUCUAAUACGAUUUUAUGAUGCAUACGAAGAUCAUGAUUUUGUCUACGUUGUAAUGGAGUUAUGUGAAGGGGGAGUUCUUUUAGAUAGAAUACUUUCAAGGGGUGGGAAAUACACAGAAGAUGAUGCAAAGGGCUUAUUGAUACAAAUGUUGACCGUCGUUUCAUUUUGUCACCUUCAAGGUGUGGUUCAUCGGGACUUAAAGCCCGAGAACUUCCUGUUUGCUUCUAAAGACAAGGAUGCAGAACUGAAAGCCAUAGAUUUUGGUUUGUCAGACUUUGUUUGCCCAGAGGAAAAGCUGGAUGACAUUGUUGGCAGUGCAUACUAUGUUGCUCCUGAGGUUCUUCAAAGGUCAUACAGUACAGAGGCUGAUGUAUGGAGCAUUGGGGUUAUAUUGUAUGUUCUUUUGUGUGGAAGUCGUCCCUUUUGGGGUCGUACAGAGUCUGGGAUCUUUAGAUCGGUUCUAAAAAAUGAACCGAAUUUUGAUGAUGCAUCUUGGUCUAAAGUCUCAUUUGAGGCCAAAGAUUUUGUCAAAUCUUUAUUGCAUAAGGAUCCUAGGAAACGAUUAACGGCGCCACAAGCAUUGUGUCAUCCAUGGAUUCGAAAUGACAAUGAAGUGAAAACGCCAUUUGAUAUUUCGAUACUAAAGUUUGUGAAACGUUACAUUUGUGCAUCAAAUCUGCGUAAAGCUGCUUUAAGGGCUCUAUCAAAGACCUUGACCUUUGAUGAGCUGUUCUACUUGAAGGAGCAGUUUUCUUUGUUAGAACCAAGCACAAACGGGUCCAUAAGUGUUGAAAAUUUCAAAACGGCGUUAAUGAAAUACAGUACAGAUGCAAUGAAGGAGUCUGGUGUCCAUGUUUUCCUAGAGUCGCUUUGCAACCUUCAAUAUCGAAGGAUGGACUUUGAGGAGUUCUGUGCAGCUGCGCUUCGUGUUCAUCAACUAGAGGGUCAUGACCGAUGGGAACAACAAGCUCGCGACGCCUAUGAAAUAUUUGAGAAAGACGGUAACAGAUCCAUUGUCGUCGAAGAACUAGCUUCUGAACUUGGCCUCGGCCCAGCAAUUCCUGUGCGUGACGUCUUGGACGACUUGGUUAGGCAAAGUGAUGGAAAACUCACGUACCUCGGAUUUGUCAAGGUGUUACAUGGUAUUUUGGGCCGGAACUUGGCCAAAGCUCAAUGAAAUGGUCGUUUCGAAUCGUCUCGUACUUACUAAGUACCGGGUUUUGGUGUAUAGAGCCGGUCAACUCCCAUUCAAUCAUAGAUCCGCCCACUUAACAUUUCAUAACACAUGUUUAUUUGAGAUAUAGUGCCAAUGUAUCAUUAAACACUUAGAUCAUUUUGUGUAUAUAUAUAUAGAUUUAUAUAUAUACAUUUGCACUUGAUUGAUAAUUAAGCUUCCAUUGUCAA